AUGCAGGUAGCUCGCGCGUGUUCUCCCAGGCGGAGCUGCGGCGGGCCACCAAGGAGUGGCAGGCAGGGAGGGGCACAAGCAGAGUCACUUCCACUUCCCCUCCUUUUCUCCCCUUCUCCCACUACAGGCAGCUCACGCGUGUUCUCCCUGGCAGAGCUGCGGCGGGCCACUGAGGACUGGCAGGCGGAGAUCGGCUCGCGGGUGUUCUCCUUGGCGGAGCUGCGGCGGGCCACCAAGGACUGGCAGGCGGAGAUCGGGCGGGGCGGGUAUGGCAGUGUGUACAAGGCCGUGCUCAAGGACAAGACGGUGGUGGCUGUGAAGCGGCUGGAUGUGGUGUCGGACCAGGGUGACAGGGAGUUCAUUCGAGAGGUGGAGCUGCUCUCACGCGUGCACCACCGCCACCUGGUGAAUCUCCUGGGCUUCUGUGCCGAGAAGGAGGAGCGUGCUCUCGUGUACGAGUACAUGGGGCUGGGCUCGCUGUUCGACCACUUGCAUGGCCCCAGCGCCAAAGAGACUCCCCUCUCGUGGGAUUCGCGCAUCAAGAUCGCCAUUCACGUGGCGCUCGGCAUUGACUACCUGCACUAUGGUGCCGACCCGCCUCUUAUCCACCGCGACAUCAAGUCAGGCAACAUUCUCCUAUCUGAGGAUGGUCUAGCCAAGGUUGCAGAUUUCGGCCUGUGCAAGGAGGUGCCGGUGGACGUGACGCCAGAGGGCCAGCCGCAGCUGCUGCCGCCCACCACGGCGGUGCGGGGGUCGUUUGGGUACCUGGACCCCGAGUAUGUGAGCACGUCGCUGCUGACAGACAAGAGUGACGUGUACAGCUAUGGGGUGGUGCUGUUGGAGCUACUCAGUGGCAAGUACGCGAUUCACGAGAAGCAGCCUCUCGCUUACUGGGCGGAGGAGUAUCUAAUGGACAGCGAGCGCCUGGGGGAGCUGCUGGACCCGUCUCUGGGCAGCGACUACGACCUGCAUGAGGCGCAGAUUCUGUGUGACAUUGCCAGGAGCUGCGUGCAGGACCGCUCUGCAGACCGGCCGGCCAUCAGGGACGUGGCGCAAGCGCUGGUGGAGCAUCUGGGGCGUGUGGUGGUGCUGCCCUCCUCCACCGCCUCCUCCGAAUACAGCUAUGGCUACUCUUAUGAUGACUACGGCUCGCAGCAGCCUUUUUUUUCGGGCAGCCUGCCGGACACCUCGGGCAGCUACGCGGGGGAUUCGCCAGGGAACCCGGUUGCUGGUGGUGGUGCGAAUGGUGGUGCGGGCCUCCUGUGCCCAUUGGGGCGCAUGAGGGCACGGUGUGAGGGGGCUUGGAGGGACGUUCCUUCAUUCCACGUGAUGUGCUAUGGGGGGUCAAUGUUAUGGUAG